UCAGAGAUGGAGGACGUACUGACAAAACUCACUUCUGGGAAUCUCAGAACCUACACUGCAGUCAUUUUGAUGUUUACCUACAAUAUUUUGCUCGACAUGGACUUUGCGUGUACUUGUAAACCACAAGUCUUUGACUGUACUUCGUACCUGGUCCUGCCAGUUUUAAUAAUAUUUAUCUAUAUUCUGUGGACAGACCGGUCAUUUCAGAGAGUCUUUAGAUACAUGUGUUCAGGUGCGUUUGGAUGCCGUAGCCGGCCUCACAUCUGCAGUUUUUUAGGCUCUUUCUUGCGUAAGCUUCUUAAGGCUUUGUUAGUUGGUCUGCUUUGGGUUGCUUUUGUGUAUAUUGAUGGAGACUGGUAUGUUUGCUGUAAGAAUGAUGGCUCUGAACAACAGGCACAGUUAGCCUGCAAAGACAAGAGGAGGAUCACUGAAAAGGAGCAAGUCCUCAUUGCUGAAGUGAAAAACAAGUCCAGGGUUAUUGGUGGAGUUUUACUCUUUGGUAUCAUUUUGAUGGCAUCCCUUAUGCCGCUGUGCAGAUGGACGAAAUGUUGUGGAAAAUCAAGUUCUUGCAACAGAAAACUUUUGAAGGACAAACUGAUUUUAGAGGAGGAGGAAAACGUCUUGAUAGAGAUUCUGAGGAAAUCAGUAAAAGAAAAGUUGACUACAGAAGUCGAGGAGAGAAUACGUGGUAAACAAUGGGAGGAGUGUUUCGAUGUUGCUGAAGAACUGAUUAAAAGAUCUAAAGCAAACAUUUCUGAAGAGGAGCAACAACAAGAACCCAGGUUGGUCUUGAACCUGGAUCACAGACAGGAUCAGAACAUGGCCUGUGAAACGUCCUGGAGACUAGAAACUGACAGCAGAUUCCCAGAAUCCCUCUGAGCAGCAGUGACAGCGUUUCACGUAUCCAGACGCCACUAGAGGCCGCUGCUGCUUCAGCUUUUACUCCAAAUAUCAAUCGGUGCAUUUCCUUCAGUUCUGUGCAGAAGAGGAUUUCUGUUUGAGACUUUCAACUUUUCCUCCUCUUCCAUUUGGAUUUAAAUAUAUUUAAAUAUUUACAUUUACCUUUUAACCACUUUACCUCGCUGAAUUACUUCUUGAUGUUUCUUUACUUGUUGCUCUACAUUUAUCUGUUUCCAGUGAUUAAACAUUCAGCCUGUUGUUUGGAAAAGUCACAGCUAUUAGAUAUUUUCAUUAUUUCUGUCCUGCAGUGGCUUAAUCUCAUUCUUUUGUCAGUUUGUCACUGUUAAAUUCCCAAAUCUUUAAAAUUGUAGCUGGAAGCAUUUUAACCAGUUGUGGAGAUUAAAUGCAUCAAUGAUCAGUUUCCACUGGCUUUACUCUGGAUGUGAGCACAUAUUACUUUGACCUGAGAACACAUCAUUUACCUUGUACAUAUAAUGAAGUAUUUUUCACAUUGAUGUAUUUAUACUUUUACAGAAGAUUUGAGGGCUUCUAACCUAAACUGAUGUUUUUUUUUUUGCUUUUUUCAGAAACCUCCAGGAGAACCAGCUGAGAACAAUGAAUAUAGUAUAAAAACAAUCAUGUAGAGUGAUUUAAUGUUUUCUUUUUAUCUUAAACUUUGCAUUCAAUGUACAUAUGUGUGUAAAAAGUUGUCAUAAAAAAUAAUGUAAUAAUAAUAGAAUCUGUAAUAAUAGAUCUGUUUCAUGUUUUAUCAUUACUGUGAAAAUAUCUUCCAAUAAACAAUGAAGGGAA